UGCCUACCUGCCUACCUACCUACCUACCUGUACUGAUCCAUUUUUGCCACAUCAGCAUACGACGAGAAACUCCUCGGCCACGCUUCACGACCUUGCAACUAGGUACCUACCUGACCUACUUGUACUCUCCUCUGCCUCCGAAGCAUCACGAGCGGAAUUGCUCCGUAGCUGUUGGAUCACUUGAAAUCGACCUGUUCGAUUUUCUUCGAUCGGCUGUUGCUCGACAAACUCUAUUAUUGCGAAGCCGCUGCAAGGUCGACAACGUGCGAAGCUCGUCGGCCAUAAAGAACUCGUCCUCGGCACGAAAAGCACCGUCGGUGCUUCCUUGCAGUGUGCAUUGCCGGCUUGUCAAACUGGUUGGUCUCUCUGGUUUUUCUUUUUAAGAACCAGCAGAUAUCUCCACUUCCAAUCCCUUCGCCUAGGAGUGGGGUUUGAUAUCCGAAAAAUUCGAUCAACGAACGACUUGAGCAUUUGGACUAGAGCUGGCAUGAUGGAUUCGAGGCAGCAACAACCACACCAACACCACCACCACCAACAGCCAUAUCAACAACGACCUCUGUACCCGCAACAAGCAACAUCCUCAUCUGCGACGUCUUCGGCCUUCCAAAGCUCCAGCUCGCUUGCCUCACUAUCAUCGAUCAAUAGCACGGCCAUGUCUCAGGUAUCGCAUUUGGGCGUCCCGUCUUCGUCAGCGCCCUUGCCUUCGCCCUCGGCACAACAGCCUGCAAGCUAUUUUGGAUCACAGCCAUCACAUAUGCAGCAACAAAGAAUGUCUUCACGACAACAGCAAACAUCCCAUGUUGGCCAGCGUCCUGCUGGAGGGCCUUCAGAGACGGCGCAUUUCCUGCAAGACUUCAAUCUGAUUGCCGAGGCCGCCAAACGCGCCCAGAUGGCGUGUCUUUCACGGGACCUCGGCGACGUGGGAUUAUGAGGCGCCGGAGCGGCUUGCGGCCGAGAACGCGCUGAGCAUGAGCACCUGCAAGCGAGUCGUGACAGACAGCGACGAGAGAUAUCCACACGGUUAUGAGAGAUAUGUUUUUUUUGUAAGAAUAAAGGUACUGCAGAAGACGCUCUGUGAUGGAAGCCCAUACCAUACGCACACUUCAGAAGUGGGCGCAAUACAUAGUUCUAUCGUGC